AUGACGACCGUCAAGGGAUUAACAUUUGCGCCAAUCGCACAAGAAACUCGACGCAAUGACGAGUUGUCGACCGAAAAUCGACCUAUCACUCCUGCCAGACGUUUCUCCGAAAUUGCCAUCAACGCCUACAGGCAAAACCGGAAGCGGCCCAACACUCUGGACAAUAUCGACGAGCGCCCAAGCCAAAGUAACAACAACUAUAACCAAAAGACUGUUCGCUUUGAAAACAAUUUUGACAGUUCAGAGGAUGGACAUUCGGACAGAGGGAGCCACCCGCCGAAUGGAAAUACGAAGAACAGUGCGAUUGAAAUCUUUGUUUUGGAUGAUGCGAAGGUUGACUCGGAGAGCACAGAGACCAGGACAGAAUUUGGCAGUGGGAACAUUAAAGAACACAAAGCUUUGGAUGAAGUCACUGAUGAAGAGUGGUUGAAAUGGGCAGAAGCGCAGUUCUAUGAAAUCGCCAAGGGAAAAGAAGGAAUUGACAAAAAAUCGUUCAAACAAGCUCUGCGGGUCAAAGAGUCCUUUUUUGCCGAUAGAUUCUUCGACAUCUUUGACAAGGACGGAAGCGGCUUUAUUGACCCUGGGGAACUAAUGGACGGAUUACACUUGUUAACAAAGGAAAAUACAACUGACAAACUCGCCUUUCUCUUUGAUGUCUACGAUCAGGAUGGAAGUGGUUACAUAGACAUGGAGGAGUUGCGAACUGUCAUACAGUCGUGUACUGUUGAGAGUUCCAUCACGUUCGGGGAAGAGGAGCUCGAUAUGUUGACAGAAGCGCUCUUCAACAACGCAACAGGAAAAAAGAGCACGAAUAUCUCCUUUGAAGAGUUCCAAGGCGAAAUAGAAAAACACCCGAUUGUCUUGGAAAAUUUAACACUUGGCGCUGCCCAGUGGUUAAGACCUCCAAAAAAGAAUUCUUGUUCCGGACGUCACAGAUAUUUCACUGGCAGAUAUCUAUUGAAUAACUUGCGGAAGAUUAUUUUUAUUGUUCUGUAUUUCGUCGCCAAUAUCAUUUGUUUUAUCGUCGGCUGUUGGAACUACAGAACAUCAAACGGGUUCAUAAUCGCCGCGCGAGGAGGUGGUCUCGUCCUCAACUUCAACUGUAUGUUCAUCCUGGUGCUCAUGUUACGGAAGUGCAUCACGUGGUUACGGACCACGCCCAUCCGCUCCCUGUUGCCCCUGGACCAACACAUCAUGAUACACAAGCUCGUGGGUCUGGUCAUUCUCGGCAUGUCUGUCUGGCACACGGCUGGGCACAUCGGCAACGCAGGUAACUACAUCUUGCUAGUAUCAGCAGACUUCAAUCUAACUGUUCUCCAGUUCGUCUUCACGACGAAAGCCAAUAUUGGAUGGAUAUCUGGGUCAGCUCCCCUGACCGGGAUCAUCUUGAUGGUCAUUCUCGUGGUCAUGUGCGUCUUCUCCAUGCCGUUCGUCAGGCGAUCUGGACACUUUCAGAUUUUCUACUGGACGCACCUCCUGUAUGUCCCGUUCUGGAUCCUCCUCAUCCUCCAUUGCCCUCAUUUCUGGUUCUGGUUCAUUGCCCCCGGAGUCAUCUUCCUAGUGGAGAAGAUAUCCAGGUCAAAGUUCAUCAAGAAGAUGCGCUAUGGUCAAACGUUCAUCACAGAGGUCAAUCUGUUGCCCUCUAAGGUGACCCACCUUGUGAUAACCAAGCCCGCCAACAUGACGUACCAGCCUGGAGACUACAUCUUUCUUCAGAUUCCCGAACUCGCCGCACACGAGUGGCAUCCCUUUACCAUCAGCAGCUCCCCCGAGCUGGAAGAUGUUUUCUGGGUACACGUGCGAUCCGCGGGCCACUGGACUAACACACUGUACGAGUAUUUCAACAAGUACAAACCUCCAAGGAAACGAUGGGAAGAAUGCUGCAACAGUGGAUACAAGAAAGACACAGAUAUUACGCUAAACAAAGGACGCCAACAAUUGCAGCCAGACUUCACCGUUUCAUUCAAGAAAAAGGGUCCUCGCAAAUUUAAGUCACGGAAAUCAACGUACGGGAGAAAGACAGACCCACACAAAGAGGUCUACAUAAAGGUCUAUGUUGAUGGUCCCUAUGGAACCUCCUCCAGAGAGCUGUUCCAGACGGAACACGCGGUGUUGGUGGCGUCUGGGAUCGGAGUCACCCCGUACGCCUCGGUACUACAGAGCAUCAUGUAUCGGUUUCUAGCAUCUAAGAGGACGUGUCCAAACUGCGAGUUCUCGUGGUGCAGUGAACUCCCUGCCACCAUCAUGAAGUUGAAGAAGGUUGACUUCAUCUGGAUCAACCGAGAUCAGAAAUCGUUCGAGUGGUUUGUGUCUUUGCUGACCCAACUUGAGAUAGAACAGCGCCAGACCGGAUCGCUCGAAAACAUCCUCGAUAUGCACCUCUACAUGACGUCAGCACUGAACUGCACGGACAUGAAGGGAAUCGGACUCCAGAUGGCGCUCGAUCUCAUCCACCAGGAAAAACAAAUUGAUCUGAUAACUGGGCUGAGGACUCGGACCAAUCCUGGAAGACCAAACUGGAAUGAGAUUUUCACCAAGCUAUCUAAACAGAACAAAGGCAAGAUCAAGGUUUUCUUCUGUGGCUCCCCCGUCCUAGCAAAGCAACUUAAAGCACAUUGUCAGGAUUUUGGAUUUUCGUUUUGCAAAGAGAAUUUCUAAACUGACUUCAACAACAGCCCUACUUACAUGUGUGUGUAUCUUACAUAACAUGAGGGGGAGGAUUUAGAAUA